CGCAGAAACUCGAGAAAUUUUGCCGCUGCAGCAGUUAACCCUAGCUCACUUGCGUUAUCAAUGCAUGUGUGCACUGCACGAGAUAAGACGACAACUGCAGCCAGUAGGGUGAGCGUUGUGCUGUCGCCAGUAGUCGCCCACCAUGGCCACGCCAGGCAGCGGCGAGCAGGAGGGCCGGCACGUGCUGAGCGGUCCGCCGCUGACCGAGGAGGAGCUGGCGCGGGCCGAGCUGCCCCUGGCGCCCUACCUCGUCCAGAAGCUGGCCGCCCACGGAGACCGCGUCCUGCAGGUGGUGUUGGGCCAGAAGUGGCGGGCGGACUGGGUGCUGCGGCAGGCGGCGGCGGAGCUGUCGGCGCUGCGGAGGGCUGCGUCCGGCCUGCGGGAGGGAGACACCGUGGCCGUCUGCAUCGGCCGCUCCGCGCUCUUCGCGCCGGCCCUGCUGGCCGCGCUCUGCUCUGGGGCCGUCUGCGCCGUCGUCAACGCCGCCCUGCCUCACGAGAGCCUGCGCCGAGUGCUACGAGAGCUGAAGCCCGCAGCAGUGCUGUGCCAACCAGAGUUCGCCGAGUGCGCGUCAGAUGCCAAACCGAUUGACUGCCCGCUGCAGGUGCUGGGGUCUGCUGAGUCGGUAGCUGACGCUCAGCAGCUGCUGAUGCGGAGCGCUCAGGGGCUGAAGGCGGACAACACGGCCCCUGCAUUCGCUAUGCUCAGUUCUGGCACCACGGGGCACCCCAAGAUCAUACGCACAACUCGCCUCAACUUGGCCUUAUCGAUGCGCUUACUAGCGAGAAACGAUGCACUUUUCGGAGGAGAGGACACCUUGUUGUUCACAACCGGAUUCUCCUGGAUUACUGGAACGCUGUUCACGUUCUGGAGUAUCGACAGCGGGAUGAAAUUCGUUAUGACGCCCGAAUUCAGUCCUCAAACUGUACUGGACCACAUCGAGAGAUCCGAGCCCACCGUGAUGUUCAUGCCGCCGAACCAGUGGCUGUCGCUGCUGCGCCAUGCUCCGGAGGGCCGGCUGCGGUCUGCGCUGAAGCGGCUGCGCGUGGGCGUCACAGCAGGGACGGCGCUCAAGGCGGAGGCGCACGCCUGGAUCGAGGCGCGCACGGGCCGCCCGCUGAUACAGUGGUACGGCCAGACCGAGGCCUUCCACCUGUGCAUGGCGCUCAACCGUCGCCCCCCAGUGCCACCUGGCUCAGUGGGGCGCGUCAAUGACGGGGUGCAAGCCAAGGUAUUGGACUUAGAGACUGGGAAGUGUCUCGGUCCAGGAAUCGACGGCGAGCUGUUCUUCAAAGGAUGGGCCAUCAUGGAGGAGUUCGUGGACAAAGAGGGCUGGAUCCACACCGGAGACGUGGGGCACUACGACGCUGAUGGCAACUUUUACGUCGUCGACAGAGUAAAGGAACUCGUCAAAUACCGUGGUGUUCACGUAUCGCCUUCAGAGCUGGAGGCGUGGCUGCUGGGACACCCGCAGGUGUCUGAGGCGGUGGUGGUGGGCCUGCCGCACGACGAGGACCAGGAGCACCCAGCAGCCUUCGUCGUGCUCGCCCAGGGCGCUACCGUCACUACUGACGAGCUGAGGCAGCUGGUAAAAGAGAAAGCCCGGGGCAGCGAGGAGAAACUGCUACAUGGGGGUGUCUUCGUAGUAGACUCCAUCCCUCGCAUGGCCACUGGAAAGGUCAGCAGGGGGCAACUGCGGCACUCUCUCCUGGAGAGGGUCAAAGGAAGGGCCUAAGCACAUUCUCACGAAUAGCAACUGACGUCUUCUGCGCUUCACUGCAGUCUCACAGGGCAACGAUUACUAUGCACAGCAACUUCCGUAUGGCUUUGGUCUACAUAAUAACUCACUUGGUAUCUCAUGUGCAUCUUUGUUAACUGGUGUAGUAUUACUUCUGUAAUAAAUUGAAUUAGCUUUACUUUAAUAAGCACUCAGUCAAAAUGAAUUAAUAUCAAUCACGAGACAAGCUGUCAAAUGUAGUUCUCCCGUACGAAAAAAA